AUGCAGCUGUUCGAUCACAUUGCUUCCUGUCUGGAGAAUUUUAUCAAAGAAAAGAAGUUGGAGGAUGAGGACGAAGAAAUCCCACUUGGUUUCACGUUCUCUUUCCCGGUUGAUCAGGAUUCUAUCAAUUCCGGCACUCUGACUAACUGGAACAAGGGCUUCAGCGCCAGUGGGUGCGUUGGCAACGAUGUGGAUGUCGAUGUUGAUGUGGUGGCGUUGCUAAAUGAUACAGUUGGAACACUGCUAGCAUGUGCCUUCAAGGACAGCAGUUGUCAGAUUGGUGUGAUCUUGGGUACGGGCAGCAAUGCUUGUUAUAUGGAGCAACUGAGCAAGUGCCCAAAGUUAAAGGAAUACGAACUUGAGAAAGACAACCUUCCAAAGCAGGUUCAAUUUUAUUAA